ACGUCAGGGUUGUAGCUGGGGAAGAGUUAUCUGCCGAUGUCUGUAUGGAGGCUGGAAAGACUGGAGGCGUAAUAAUGGACACCCGGCAGGUCCUUGGAAAUUUGGAGCGGAAGCUUUGGAACAGGUCAGGGUUGGGGCUAAAGGUCUGAGGAUCUGGGAGUCCUCUUCCUUUUCCUAGUGUUCGUACUUGAGAAGCCUGGAAAACAGCAAAGGGCCGGGAUAGGUCCUGGGCGGAGGGCGAUGGCGUCGGAAGGGCCAACAUCGAUACUAAACAUCCUGCCCAGUAUCUGGCACCUCGAAAAAACCACCCAGCACAAGGUGCAUCCGUGGAAAUGCCUGCCGCGCAGGGAUAUUGCUUGAGUUGACCUUCCCGCGGCCCAUUCUUUUGAGGACCCUUUGUUCAGUCCAAAAUGGCAGAGAAGGCGCCCCCUGGCUUAAACAGGAAGACAUCAAGGUCGACACUUUCUCUUCCACCGGAACCGGUGGACAUCAUUAGGAGCAAAACGUGCUCCCGUAGAGUGAAAAUCAACGUGGGGGGCCUCAACCACGAGGUCCUGUGGAGAACGUUGGACCGGCUGCCCAGGACCCGCCUGGGGAAGCUCCGGGACUGUAACACGCACGAGAGCCUCCUGGAGGUGUGCGAUGACUACAACCUGAACGAGAACGAGUAUUUCUUCGAUCGGCACCCUGGAGCCUUCACUUCCAUUUUAAAUUUCUACCGGACAGGGAAACUCCACAUGAUGGAAGAAAUGUGCGCUCUCUCUUUCGGCCAAGAGCUUGAUUACUGGGGGAUCGAUGAGAUCUACUUAGAAUCCUGUUGCCAAGCCAGGUAUCAUCAAAAGAAGGAGCAGAUGAACGAAGAGCUGCGGCGGGAGGCGGAGACCAUGCGCGAGCGGGAGGGCGAAGAGUUUGAUAACACGUGCUGCCCUGAAAAGAGGAAGAAACUGUGGGACCUGCUGGAGAAGCCCAACUCGUCCGUGGCUGCAAAGAUCUUGGCUAUCGUGUCCAUCUUGUUCAUCGUACUCUCCACCAUUGCGCUGUCUCUCAACACGCUACCAGAGCUGCAGGAGAUGGAUGAAUUUGGACAGCCCAAUGACAACCCCCAGUUAGCCCACGUGGAGGCCGUGUGUAUCGCCUGGUUUACCAUGGAGUACCUUUUACGGUUCCUGUCCUCACCAAAUAAAUGGAAGUUCUUUAAGGGCCCACUGAACGUUAUCGACUUGCUGGCCAUCUUGCCGUAUUACGUCACCAUUUUCCUCACGGAGUCCAACAAGAGCGUGCUGCAGUUCCAGAACGUGAGGCGCGUGGUCCAGAUCUUCCGAAUCAUGCGUAUCCUCAGGAUCCUGAAACUCGCCAGACACUCGACGGGCCUGCAGUCCCUGGGUUUCACCCUCAGGCGGAGUUACAAUGAACUGGGCUUGUUGAUACUGUUCUUGGCCAUGGGGAUAAUGAUAUUCUCCAGCCUGGUGUUUUUUGCCGAGAAGGACGAAGAUGCUACCAAGUUCACCAGCAUCCCGGCCUCAUUUUGGUGGGCCACCAUCACCAUGACCACCGUCGGCUACGGUGACAUCUACCCGAAAACAUUAUUAGGAAAGAUCGUGGGAGGCCUCUGCUGUAUUGCAGGCGUUCUGGUGAUUGCCCUUCCUAUCCCAAUCAUCGUGAACAACUUCUCUGAGUUUUACAAGGAGCAGAAACGCCAGGAGAAGGCCAUUAAAAGGAGAGAGGCUCUCGAGCGGGCCAAGAGGAAUGGAAGCAUCGUUUCUAUGAACUUAAAAGAUGCCUUUGCUCGCAGUAUGGAACUGAUAGACGUGGCUGUGGAGAAGACCGGAGAGUCGGCCAAUACGAAAGACUCCACGGGGGAUAACCGCCUCUCUCCAAGCCGGUGGAAGUGGGCCCGGAAGGCUCUGUCGGAGACAAGCUCCAACAAGUCUUACGAGAAUAAGUACCAGGAGGUCAGCCAAAAAGACUCCCACGAGCAGCUGAACAACACUUCUUCCUCCAGCCCACAGCAUCUGAGCGCCCAGAAACUGGAGAUGCUGUACAACGAGAUCACCAAGACGCAGCCUCACUCCCACCCGAAUCCCGAGCGCCAGCAGCAGCCCGAGAGGCCGUCUGCGUACGAAGAAGAGAUAGAGAUGGAGGAGGUGAUCUGCCCGCAGGAGCAGCUGGCCGUGGCGCAGGCCGAGGGCAUCGUGGACAUGAAGAGCACCUCCAGCAUCGACAGCUUCACGAGCUGCGCCACCGACUUCACGGAGACCGAGAGGUCGCCCCUGCCGCCGCCCUCCGCUUGCCACCUGCAGAUGAAGUUCCCACCCGACCUCGCCCGGAUAGAAGAGCACCAAAGAGCCAGGGCCCCCCCAUUCCUCACCCUAACCCGAGAGAAGAUGCCCGCGGCCAGGGACGCCAGCCCAGAAUACGCUCCAAUCGACGUAACUGUGAACCUCGACUCCAGUGGGUCCCAGGGUGGGCCCCACGGCCCCUCGCAGUCGGACAGUGCCGCCGAGAGCCCGAGGAGCUCGCUGAAAGGCAGCAACCCACUCAAGUCCGGAUCGCUCAAGGUGAACUUCAAGGACAACAGAGGCGGGGCCCCGCAGACCCCACCCAGCACGGCCAGGCCACUGCCGGUCACCGCGGCGGACUUCCCACUCACCGCCCCGCAGCUCAUCAGCACCAUCCUCUUAGAAGAAACCCCCUCCCAGGGAGACAGACCCUUGCUGGGCGCCGAGGUUCCGGCACAUUGUCAGGGACCCUCCAAAGGGCUGACGCCUCGGUUUCCCAAGCAGAAACUCUUUCCUUUCUCAUCCAGAGAGAGGAGGAGCUUCACGGAAAUAGACACGGGCGAAGACGAUGAUUUCUUAGAGCUCCAAGGGACCACGAGGCGGGACAAGCAGGCGGACUCCAACCCGAACUGCUUUGCAGAUAAGCCUAGUGACGGAAGAGACCCUUUACGAGAAGAGGCCUCUGUGGGCACUUCCUCUCCACAGGACACAAGUCACAACUGUAGGCAAGACAUUUACCAUGCUGUGGCGGAAGUUAAAAAGGACACCAGUCAAGAAGGGUGCAAGAUGGAAAACCACUUGUUUGCCCCAGAAAUUCAUUCCAACCCAGGAGACACAGGUUACUGUCCCACACGUGAAACCAGCAUGUGACUAGUUACAAAGGCAAUAAUAAAAACAAAAACAAACAAACAAAAAACUUGUUUCUUAAAAAUGCGGUUAAUAAUGCCUGUGAACUAAAAAGUGGGAAGCCCCUCUCCCCAAAACAGUGCAUAAAAUGUUAUUUUUGCAUGGCAUGAACAGUUUAGUUUAAGUACUGUUUAAAUAAAGCAUCAAGACUGCAUUUUGUAACAAACAAACAAAAAUGACUGAAGAACAGUGAACAAAUAAAGAGAGCUCUAUUACGAACCGGUAUUCUGCAAUGUCUGACA